GUACUGCAUAGCUCUCUCUGUCUUGUAACUGUAGCUCUUACAUACUUGCAUCUAUCUGUUUUCUCAAGAUUUUUGUGCGUUUUCAGUUUCUUGAAUUCCUUUGUGAACCUAGAGGUUUUCACUUCCCCCGACAUCUAAAAAAAAAUGGCAACAAAAAUCGAUAAAGAGGCUUGCAGGGAAGCAUACAACCUUGUGAGAGACGAUAACACUGAAAUAAGCUGGGCUUCCUUCAAAUAUGAUGGUUCAAUGAUAGUACCAGGGGGCCAAGGCAAAGACUAUGAAGAAUUUAUGAGUCAAUGUACAGAUGAUGUUAGGUUGUUUGGGUUCAUACGGAUCACGACUGGAGAUGCCAUGAGCAAGCGAGCCAAAUUCACCCUGAUCACCUGGAUUGGGGAGAAUGUCAGUGGUCUACAGAGAGCCAAGAUCAGCACAGACAAGACUCUGGUAAAGGACGUAGUACAGAACUUUGCUAAGGAGUUUGUCAUCAGUGACCGUCGGGAAUUGGAAGAGGAUUACAUUAAGAAUGAGCUGAAGAAGGCAGGAGGAGCCAAUUACGAUGCACAAGCAGAAUAGUGAGCCUUCCAGAAACCAUCUGCCUGCCUGCUGCUGCUGCUGCUGCUGCUGCCGCUGCUCGUAAACCAGACAGGGAGAAGGGAAGCCACUCAAGGCAGAUCCGCCUCAUUCUCCCACUCAUUCUGGCAACAUCUACAACAGUCACCACAAUCAAGGACUUCUCUCUCAUUCUGCUUUAAAGCAAACACUCCCUUUAGCAAAUUAAGGGUGGGUUGCAGAGGAAAUCAAGGAUUCUGCAGGGCACAGUCAGAUGCUUUUGUCCAAUGGUCUCUCAGUUUUGUCCUGCUACUGGUAAUUAAUGGAGUAUUGAAAGGCUGAGAAAGAUUGCCUCUUUUUCAGCGUUGCUUGUCUGAUUGUCUGAUGUUGCUUCAAGCUACUGGUACAUUCUUUCUUAUGUUCUUAUGUACUCGAAAGCCUACAGAUUUGUGCAGGCUUUUAAAUUGUUUUUUCUUCAUUACUGAAGUCUUUUCUCCUCUUUCGUUUCCCACACAAAUUUUGCAUUCCUUUUAAAAUGGAAUUGAUUCAGUGACUUGGCCUAGUGAGUUAAUGCAGUGAGCAAUAUUAGUGUACUUGCAGGAGCUCAUUAUCACACUAGCGGAUGUCAAGCUGAAUCAGAGAACUGGAAAGGUAGCUGGAUUCCAGUCAGUUAGUAUACACUGUCUGUAAAGAACCUUGCAACUACUGUACUUCUGUCAGCUGAUGAUCAGAAAAUCAUGUACCUACGCACACAUACUCUAAAUGUUUAACAUCUCAGAGGAACAAUUGGAAAUCCUUCAAAUGAGGGUGCCACCUUCGUAAACCUAAAAGAGGGGAAGGGAUCUUUCUUUUUUAUUUUGGUUCUUUUUAUUGAAUUGUGCUACUCUUCUAGACAAGUAAUCUCCAUACUCUCUCUGAGUCCAGGGCCAUCGAUGUGGCUUCCUUAAGCCAACCUAAAGCACAAGAUGAUAUUAGCCAAUGUAAUGAAUGGGUCUAAAAUGUUGGUAUUGUAUAUUUUAUGAACAAACAAAUAAGAAUCUGAUGCAAAAACACCUGUACAAAUUUAGACAUUAUGUAUAAACAAUAAUCGCCACCAGGCUUUCAUGGGUUUCUUUGGAAGGCCCCAGAGGAAGGUUGGAGAGUGUAAUUUUAGAAGAGUACAACAACUUCUUCAAAGCAUGCUCAGAAAGAUCUUCAGUAAAAGAGUUAAUGCUACCCUUUGGAUUGUUUGGACUUGCCUCCGGGGCAUUUGGUUGAGGCCUUGUGCCCCACCCUCAAUUGCUGAAUGUACCCUUCAUGUUUAAUCUGCUUUACGAAAUGAAAUUUGAGCCUUUCCAGAAAUGUGACAGGUUUCAUACAAAGAUCUGGUUUAAUUUAAAGGCCUCUUAUUUUCUAUUCAAAUAAAGCACUAAGCAUGCUGACUGUCUACAGAUUAGAUUUUAAUACCAUAGUGUUGGACUAAUUGACUUGUAAAAUACAAAAAAGGCUGAAACUAUUAAUGUAGAUGGCCUUUUAAUUACGGUUCUAUAUGUGUCUAUACAUCUGUAUAGAUCUAGAUAUAAAAAUAUGUAUGUGUGGUACAUACAAUGUUAACCUCAUGAGAACAGGUUGUUGUAAGACAGUGGUUCUAAACUUAGUUAAUAAAGUAUCCAGAGGCACAAUUUGCUGUGUUUUUUUAGUGACCGGAAUGAAAGUUGUUUUGUGAAACUCUUUGUUUUCUAGGCAAGUUUGGCUAGGUUUUCAAAUUGGAACAUAAAAUAAAAUAGUUAUGUAUUGUAAGGACAAGCACCAUUAAGGAUAAACCAUUUCAGAAUAAAAUUCCAUUUUUUUUUCAAAAAUGA